GUUGAUGUUUGCUUUUCUGGGAGCUUGGAGGCUUAGGCUUAAAUGUUUGGCAGUUGAAAAUCAAGGUAAUGAGAUUGAUACGAUUUUAAAAAAGCUUUUCUCUCAUUUUUUGUCUGUGGGUAAGAACAAAUUUCCCCGUCUACAACUUUCUAAUGCGUUUACCAAAAAUGCAACUUUAAGGUAGGAAAUUUGCAAUACAGGAAUAACUUCGAAUUCAGUUUUCAUGUUCCCUUAUUUUACAGUGGAAGUUCUCGUAUGCCACACAAUCAAAUUUUAGUGGAGGAAUAUGUCACGAUGAAGUGCUGACUCUCAAUAACAAAAAUCAUUAAGUAACUCUCCAGGCGGUGCUGCAAAAAAAGAAGGCUAAUUAUCUUGGAUGAAGUGUUCUCACAGGAGUCCAAAUCUUAUGCAUAUUUAACCUUAUUACAAGAGCUCAUUUUGAAUAAAAGUGGCAUAAAUAAGAAUGAGGAAUUUUCUACUGUACAUACUCCGUCAUUCUAACUAGAAAACAGAAUUGUACGGUGAAAACAAAUCAUAGUUGAAAUAUAUAUGUCAAAUGUUCGUGUACCUUUUGUUCUUUUGAUAAUCAGAAAUUAGAAAUUGCUAUUCUGCAUGUUUCAUUUCUUUUGCAAGGCGAAAAGACAAUUAAAUUCGUUUCUAUACUUUUGAUUUUUUAAAAUUUGUUUGCCACAACUGUAUUUUCAUGUAGUCACUCUAUUGUUUCCAACAAACAAAACUUAAAAAACAUGUCAUUAAUGAUUAAUUCAAAAUGAAAGUGGUUUCGAGUAUUUACGAAAUUCAAAAACUUCUGACCGAUCACUGAAAAUUCGAAAGUGUUGUCCUUUACCUCUUUAGUGUUGCUGUGUAAAAUGUCAGUUGAGACAUUUUUUAUAGCUUUUAAAAUUGUUUUGUAUUAAACAGGAAAAUCAACAUUAAUUUCUCUUUAAGGAGGGAAGUGUACUUUGGAGUUGUUUUCAUCCUGUAGAUUUAUCUGCUAGGAGUAGUUUGGUGUAGUUGGUGUAAUUGUUGCUGUUUCCAGUAUAUAUGAGCUAUCUGUCACUGUUAGUCAAUUACUAUCAAUACCAACGAUGCAUGUCAGUGGCAAAUUAGACAGAAAUUUCAGACACUUUAUUUCUGCCAAAGAAUACCUACAACAGCUAAAGCAAAUGGAGGGCUCAAUUUCCUCUUGUAUUAGAUGUAUUUUUUUGGCUUUUGAGGGUAUACAAUCUAACCCCUCCUUACGUGCACCUCGUUAUUAUUGACAGGUUUCGUUGUUCCAGCCCUUACAUUUUCUUUAAAUUCAACCCGCUAGGUAAGGACAUCCGGUUAAUACAGACUUUUUCUAUGGCCCCCUCGGUGUCCCCGUUAAUUGGAGUUUGACUGUAUAUAAUUCGGACUUUUUUUUUAUCUAAUGACACAUGAUGGUCUUAGUGUUGUGCAUAAAUGUAAUCAUCAUAAAUCUCCCAAAUACAGAGAAAUCUAAUUUAUCCAUAAUUUAUUUUUUAUUUUUAUUUUGUUUUUUGGGGGGCGGGAGGGGGGACGUUUCUCGAAAGUUCCGGGCCCGGAAGGCUGUUUUAUGUAUGCCGUGUAUGCAGUCAAGAUCAAAGUUUCAAUAAUUUUGAAAAUAAUACAAUGAAACUAACAGUUAACGAAGGAAAAUUGACCGGUUUGUGAGCUAUGAACUGUGCUACUAUUUAACAGGUUUUGAUUUUAAAAGUUGCCUUUGGGACAGAAGAGUUACAGGGCCUUUCGAGAAACGGGCCCCUGAUGUGACCGGGGAGAUUUGGGCUCGAGAUCAUCGCCACUGAAUAAAGCAUUAUGUCGUUACUGAUGAUGAUUCCUGGGAAGGCUGAUUUGGAACUUUCAAACGGAAGAUAAAAAGGGGAGGUAAAGUUAAUUUAAUCAAUUCACUGGUGAAUUACAACUCUGUUAAGCUACAAGAGGAAAAAGUGGAAAUCAAUAAUCAUACAGAGAUACACGUAUUUUGCACACCGAUGGCAAUGAAAGAUGAAGGAUUGACGUUUUUAAUCAAAAUUUUCUUACUUACUGUAAUUUCAUCUCCGGGUAAAAUGGAAGGUAGGUAAAAUAGACAAAAUAAUCUAACCGUUGUACAAAACCCGUUACUGAGCAAGCUCACGCUUUGAGGUUUAGGCCUAUACUAGACAGGUCUAGCGCUUUAAUUCUGAUAAACCAUUAAGUACUUUUAAAAUAUGUUUUAAAGCGAAACCCAGAAGUAUAAAGCUCAAUUAGUGGGGAUAACAAUUUUUUGUAGCAUAUACAUACAAGGCUGCUGCCAGUUGAUGGUAAAAUAAUAGCACAGUAGCUGCAAAUUUGGCUAACAAAAAUAAAAGAAAAGAAUUCCGCUCUAAAUCUUGUCGCUUUUAAUGUUUUUUUCUUCGAUGCUCGACACCUUGAAAUAUCGAAAGGCUUCGCUUUUCUGCAAAAACUAAGGUUAAAGGGCAAAAGAAGAUAAUUAAAAAUUCAUGGUUCUGUUAUUUUGCUGAUUGUUGUGAAAAUGAUGUACCCCAUCGGCAAAGUUACAAGUAUAUACUAAUUCUAAAUUUCAUUAAUCUUAGUUAGUUUAGCAAUGAAAAUAAUGUAUUUAGGGUCACCACAAUAGGCUGCGUACACGGAAUAAUAUUUCUGUGAGACUUGAUGACAAACACUCCACAUUGUUCUGAGAACAAAUUUUGCAAACUUGCAUGCUGUGAAACAUGCCAGCCGUGGGAAAAUAACAGUUUUUAAUUCUUUGUAUACUCAUGUACACUGUCUAAUGAGUGGAAUAAGUGUUAGCAGGAAAUUAACCUAGUUAAUAGAAGGGAUGAAAUUGCUUUCUUUGGUGAGAAGGUGUACUAAUAUAUAAAUAGAAUUAGCUUUUAGAACUUAUAGUUAAUUAAAGUAUACCUUUUUUGAAGCCCGGCUCCCACUAGAUCUAAUUGUCUAAAAUCAGCUGCACCCGUGAACUGCAUGUACUGUAUUUUCGCUUUCACAUCUAAUGCACUGCUUUGGGGAACGCUUCUGUUUUGAUACGAAAGAAGGAAAACAAUGAGUAAAUUUUUCUUUGUUUGCGUUUAAAUUUCAGAGAAACCCAUUUGUCAAAUCUGCGCAUGUACAACUCCUUUGAAAGGUCAAGUUGUAAAAUGCACCAUGAAAAAUCUGACUCAAGUACCUUCCAGUUUUCCGGUAUCUACGAGACAUCUGUGAGUAUAAAACCUAGUCCAAAUAGACAUAAAACUGUCAAAGAAAAAACAUUUGGUGCGAGUAGAUGAAGUGAAUGCAUGUUUGGCAGCCACUCUCUUAUUGGUGAAAUGUUGUGACGAGCUCCUAUAUAAUUUGUCCCGACAUUCCAUUUAUCUCGAAAGUUUCAUGCUCCAUCUUUGUUGAACUCGCGCAAGCGCAGUGUAAUUUACUUAGAUCGUAAACACCAAUAUUCAUUCAUGACGUGUUAAAGGAAUGUUGAUAACCUUGUUGUCACUGAUCACGGCCUAGCCUGUGUGCAGUCGCCUCCUUUCCUCAGAAAAAAUCCGGUUUGAUGUUAUGAAUAGUAACUGAUACAAAAUUUUGGUGGAAGUAAUACAGUUCAUCAUUAUUAUUUUUUUAGUGAAACAUGAAUGUCUUUUUUAGUUAAGAAUGAAAUUGGUCGCCAAGCCCUUUCAUUAUAAAAAGUAUUUUCAGGUAUAAAGCGAGCCUCUUUCUUUCAAAACUACCAAAAAAAGAAAUUCUCUUACCUUUCAGUUUUUAUUUGCAGAUAUUUAGACAAAAACAGCCUGAAAGGAAUCUCUGGAGAGGCCUUCUGGAACUUGCAGAACCUAAUCUUCCUGUGA